AUGCCUCCAUGUCCACCGACUUUACAGACUCCAUACCGAGCAUGCAGUGCUAUGGAGCGUAACUGUCAUCUGCAGAAGACCCUGCCGGAAGGAUGCCAUGAAGUCUUUGCAUUCACGGACGAUUUCUUCAACUCAGCCGACUUAACAAUCCCCUUGCCAAUGUUGAAGUGUGGUGGAGCUCCAUUGGUGGACUUUGGAGACGCCUGCAAAGAGACUGAAAUGAAGGCAUCUUCCUUCCUUCCUUCUAGAGCAGCAGACACUGCCUCCAGCAGCACCCACACCACUGUUGCAGUCGUCCAAUUCACAGUCACAGCCACUGCCUUCAUCUCCAUCGACUUUGCAACUCACGUACUCAUCUUGCAGUCUGAUGGAGUACUGAGUCAGACCCAAUUUGAGACGGAUCAUCAGUACCAUCCGUCACCGUCUUCGGCGGAGGUGCAUCAACAGGCAGCAAAAGGGAAGUCAUCGCAACAGUUCUAUGCGUCACAAACGCAUCGUCAGUCCCCAUUGACACCAGUUGGCCAACAGACAGUGUCAAAGUCGCAGCAGGAGGAGGGAUCGACGAACAUGGGAACAGAAUCGGUAUCCACUGGCGGUUGUUACUCAGGCGAUGCGGAAGUGGUGAGUGGUGGUAGUGGAGGCGACGACUAG